UUAAAAUAAAGCUACCUAGUUAGCGUUUCUUGGAAACCCCUUUCUGAGCAUCCAACAGCAAUGAAUGGCUUCGGAACCCUGCUUCUACGAAACCAGUUUAUCCUCCUGGUGCUAUUUCUCUUGCACAUUCAGAGUCUGAGUCUAGACAUGGAUAGUCGCCCCACGCCAGAAGUUUGUGCCACGCACACAAUUUCACCAGGACCAAAAGGAGAUGAUGGUGAAAAAGGAGAUCCUGGAGAAGAAGGAAAGUAUGGCAAAGUGGGUCGCAGGGGACCCAAAGGAAUUAAAGGAGUAUUGGGUGAUAUAGGAUCCCAAGGUAAUAUUGGCAAGACUGGACCUAUUGGCAAGAAAGGUGAGAAAGGGGAAAAGGGUUUGCUUGGGAUUCCUGGAGGAAAAGGCAAGGCAGGUACUGUAUGUGACUGUGGAAGAUACCGGAAAGUUGUUGGACAAUUGGAUAUUAGUGUUGCUCGGCUCAAGACAUCUAUGAAGUUCGUCAAAAAUGUCAUAGCAGGGAUUAGGGAAACUGAAGAGAAAUUCUAUUACAUCGUGCAGGAAGAGAAGAACUACAGGGAGUCAUUGACGCACUGCAGAAUUCGGGGCGGCAUGCUAGCCAUGCCCAAAGAUGAAGCUGCCAACACACUUAUUGCUGACUAUGUCGCCAAGAGUGGCUUCUUCCGAGUGUUCAUUGGGGUAAAUGACCUUGAAAGGGAGGGGCAGUAUGUGUUCACGGACAAUACUCCACUGCAGAACUACAGCAACUGGAAAGCGGGGGAGCCCAGCGACCCCUAUGGCCAUGAGGACUGCGUAGAAAUGCUGAGCUCAGGCAGGUGGAAUGACACGGAGUGUCACCUGACCAUGUAUUUUGUCUGUGAGUUUCUCAAGAACAAAAAGUGAAUUCCCCUAUACCACACAUUUAUUAUGUCCCAAUGACCGUCCCUGCACUUAUUUAUCCCCCUAGUUACACUGAAGUCAUUCUGACUCAAAAGGAAAUGCUAAACUGCGUUUUGGGAUCUGCAUCACUAUGCUGUCUUGUGACAAUGUUAUCGCCUUCAUAUAUGGUCUCUCAUUGAUCCAAUAAUUUACCGGGUUACACGUAUCCUGAGAGUAUUUGGAUUAUUGGUCACAUAGGAAGUGUUGGUCUACAAGUCAAAUUACAUAUUCCCUUGGAAUAUAUGCUGCCAUUUCUCCCUAGAGCCCUGCCCAAUGAGUGUGACUGGACAGUGUGUUGAUAAUGAUUAGGCUGAUUGAUCAUGAUUAGGCUAAUCUGCCUUUGCUCAGAGCCAAAUGUAUAGGAAGGCCUUCUCUGAGUAAUGUCAAAAUAUUAUUUAGCUAUGAGCUCAACAUCCCUCAUUCUUUUGGUACCCAUCCACCACAACCAGGUCAUCCUUAGAAGUCUCCCUUAUUUACAUAGAUGUAGAAUAAUUUUAACCUUGAAUCUCCAUAAGAGUAUCUUCCAGCUUAGUGACCUGUUCUAGACAUGUGGAAAUGUAAGGAAUCUUUUUAGGCUUCUGAUCAAGAUUUUCAAACUAUAUCAAGCAGGUACUUCUGACCCCUUUCCAUAUGCCCACUCCAUUAUGUCAGGCCAUAAGAUAUCAAUCAUUAGAUUUGUCAAAAGGAAGACUCUUGAAAUCUAAAACAAAGGUAGUAUUUAUUUUUCCAAAAUAUGUAUUGCAGUUCUAUCGAAUUUCCCUAGCUAUUAAUCUGGCUUUAUUUUUCUUUUUUGUCAUAAACUUAACUAUAUCACCUUUACUGCCCUUAAGCAUGGGGGUGGUAGGAGAAGGGAUUUGUAAGUCCUUCAGAAAACUUUAGAAGAUUCAAGGGUCCCAAACAUCUUGCAUCAAAAUCUAAACAUACCCUUGCCACCAAAAUAUCACUCAUUUUAGCACAUAAUAGGAGGCCUUUCAGUCUCUGGAAAUUAAUAUUUUAAGAACUGAGUCAGAAAUGGCAUUUCUAAUGCUCAGACAUCCCAGGAAUGUGCCACGUGUGGAGUUUAGAGCAUGUCUAGAAUGCAAGUUUUUACUCAUCUGGUAAAAUUCUACCUUGAACUAUAGAUCAAACCUCAAAGUGCUUUGGCUUGGAAUUUAAAAGUAAACAGUUCAACAAAACUGAUGCUUCAGUUAUGAUUUGUGACAUGAUUUGGCUGUUUAAAAUGCUGGCAAAAUAGUUCAUGAA